GCUAACUGUCAACACUGCGAGUUACCGAUUCAUGUUUGUUUGGGAUUUUGCUUGAGUGCAUGUGAAGGUGUUUUCAGUAUUGUAUUAUUAGUGUUUUAAAGUAAAUAAUUUCAUCAUGGCUGAUGCUGCAGCCAGACAGUUGCAGUAUGAGUACAAAGCAAACUCCAAUCUUGUACUACAAGCCGAUGUACGACUUAUUGAGAGAAGAAGCAGAGAUGAAGCUACUGGAGAAGUUAUGUCCCUUGUUGGGAAACUGGAUGGUACCAAAAUGGGUGAUAAGUUUGAAAGGACUAAACCGAUUAAAACUGAGGAAAGGAAAGUCAAAAGAUUGAAACGUGAUGAAGCUCAGUAUGAUUUUGCUAGAAUGAAAGGAACCACCUUAUUAUCUGAUAAUGGAGAUGAUAUGGUAGGAGUAGUUUAUAGGCCCAAAACACAAGAAACUAGGCAGACUUAUGAAGUAUUACUGAGUUUUAUUCAGGAAGCUCUUGGUGAUCAACCUCGCGAUAUUUUAUGUGGUGCUGCUGAUGAAGUUCUAUUUGUUCUUAAAAAUGAUCAAUUGAAAGAAAAAGAGAAAAAGGUAGAAACUGAGCAUCUUCUUGGUAGUUUAGCUGAUGAGCGAUUCGCCUUACUUGUAAAUUUAGGGAAAAAGAUUACAGAUUUUGGUAGUGAGGACAAAGUUGCACAUAUUGCUGAAGAAAAUAUUGAUGAAACAUAUGGAAUUAAUGUACAGUUUGAAGAAAGUGAAGAAGAAGAUGGAGAAGACAUGUAUGGUGAAGUUAGGGAUAUAGAUUUACAAGAUCAAAAUGAUGAAGGGGAAGAUGCCAAACAUCAUACUGCUAUUCAUGCUGAAAAUCUGGGUAGCCAUGAAGAUACUUCUAAAAAGGAGAAAGGUUUGCAUCCAUUAGAUAUAGAUGCAUAUUGGUUGCAGCGUAGACUUUCUAAGUUUUAUAAUGAUGCCAUGACUUCUCAGGCGAGGGCAGCUGAAGUCCUUCAAAUACUAGGUGAGACUACCGAUGAUCGAGAAUGUGAAAAUCAGUUAGUUUUGUUAUUAGGUUAUGAAUGCUUUGACUUUAUAAAGCUUAUUAAAAAACAUAGAAAAAUGAUUUUGUAUUGCACAUUACUUGCUUCAUCGCAAAAUGAAAGUGAAAAGACAAGGAUCAGAAACAUAAUGCAAAAUGAUCCUUCUCUAGUGAAAAUUUUGAAACAGCUUGAAGUUGGAAAAGUUGAAGAAAAUGGAGAUUCAGAAAAUAUUAGGUCUUCCAGAAGGAAAGAAGUAAUAUCACACUCUACAUCAGUGGAGGGUAUGGUUCCUGGCACAAGAGAUGUAUUAGAUUUGGAUGAUCUCUCAUUUGCCCAAGGGUCUCAUUUUAUGUCAAAUAAAAGAUGUCAGUUACCUGAUGGAUCCUUUAGGAAGCAAAGGAAAGGUUAUGAAGAGGUCCAUGUACCUGCUUUGAAACCGAAACCUUUUGAUCCUAAUGAGGAACUUGUUCCCAUCGAUAAAUUGCCUCAUUAUGUUCAGCCUGCCUUUGAUGGAUUUAGAACCUUGAAUCGCAUUCAGAGCCAUCUUUAUAAAGCUUGUCUCGAGUCUGAUGAAAAUCUUCUACUUUGUGCUCCAACAGGAGCUGGUAAGACUAAUGUUGCUCUUCUUUGCAUGCUGCGUGAAAUUGGAAAACACAUAAAUGAAGAUGGUACUAUUAAUGCAGAGGAAUUUAAAAUUAUUUAUGUAGCUCCAAUGAGAUCUCUUGUUCAAGAAAUGGUUGGAAGCUUUGGUAAAAGGCUUUCAGCAUAUAAUCUAACAGUGUCAGAAUUGACUGGUGAUCAUCAACUUACAAGAGAACAAAUUAAUGCUACUCAGAUUAUUGUGUGUACUCCAGAAAAAUGGGACAUCAUCACAAGAAAAGGAGGAGAAAAGAGCUUCACUCAGUUUGUUAAACUUGUUAUUGUUGAUGAAAUUCAUUUGCUUCAUGAUGAAAGGGGGCCAGUAAUUGAAGCUUUAGUUGCAAGAACUAUUAGAAAUAUAGAAUCUACUCAAGAAGAUGUUAGAAUCAUUGGUCUAAGUGCAACUUUACCAAAUUUUCAAGAUGUUUCUACGUUUCUCAGAGUACAUCCAAAAACAGGCUUACAUUUCUUUGAUAACAGUUUCCGUCCUGUACCAUUAGAACAGCAGUAUAUUGGAGUUACUGAGAAAAAGGCUCUGAAAAGGUUUCAGAUAAUGAAUGACAUUGUUUAUGAAAAAGUAAUGGAACACGCAGGUCGAAAUCAGGUGCUUAUCUUUGUUCAUUCUAGAAAAGAAACUGGAAAAACUGCUCGUGCAAUUCGUGACAUGUGUCUCGAGAAGGAUACUUUAGGUCAGUUUUUAAGAGAAGGUUCAGCAUCUAUGGAAGUAUUAAGAAGUGAAGCUGAACAAGUUAAAAAUAGUGAAUUAAAGGAUUUAUUACCCUAUGGGUUUGCUAUACAUCAUGCUGGAAUGUCGAGAGUGGAUAGGACUCUCGUUGAAGAUUUGUUUGCUGACAGGCAUAUUCAGGUGCUUGUAUCAACUGCUACCUUAGCUUGGGGUGUUAAUCUUCCUGCUCACACUGUAAUUAUUAAAGGCACUCAAGUAUACAAUGCUGAAAAGGGGCGUUGGGUUGAAUUGAGUGCAUUGGACGUUUUGCAGAUGCUUGGUAGAGCUGGUCGACCACAGUAUGACAACAAAGGAGAAGGUAUAUUAAUUACUAAUCAUAGUGAACUCCAAUAUUAUCUAUCAUUAUUGAAUCAGCAGUUGCCUAUAGAAUCUCAGCUUAUUACCAAACUUCCCGAUAUGCUGAAUGCUGAAAUUGUAUUGGGUUCUAUUCAAAAUAUGAAGGAUGCUGUGAAAUGGUUAGGUUACACUUAUUUGUAUAUUAGAAUGCUACGCUCACCUGCAUUAUAUGGAAUUUCCUCAGAUAAAUUAAUGCAGGAUAAGUUGUUGGAACAAUUUAGAGCCGAUUUAAUUCAUACUGCAUCGAUACAUUUAGAGAAAAGUGGUAUAAUUAAAUAUGACAAAAGAUCAGGUUAUUUUCAAUCAACAGAACUUGGUCGUAUUGCUAGUCAUUACUAUUGUACUUAUGAUACCAUUGCCACUUACAACAUGCUAUUGAAACCUACUCUCAGUGAAAUUGAACUGUUUCGAGUUUUUGCCAUGUCUGGAGAAUUUCGAAAUAUUACUGUUAGAGAAGAGGAGAAGUUAGAGCUUCAAAAACUAAUGGAAAGAGUUCCAAUACCUAUCAAAGAAAGUAUGGAAGAGCCUUCUGCAAAAGUAAAUGUUCUUUUACAGGCUUUUAUUUCACAACUAAAACUUGAAGGAUUUGCAUUAAUGUCUGAUAUGGUAUAUGUAACUCAGUCAGCUGCUAGACUUAUCCGUGCAAUUUUUGAAAUAGUAUUGUACAGAGGAUGGGCACAACUUGCUGAAAAGACUCUUUCUUUAAGUAAAAUGAUUGAUCGGAGAAUGUGGCAGUCUAUGUCUCCAUUGCGUCAGUUUAAAAAAAUUCCUGAAGAAGUUUUAAAAAAAAUAGAAAAGAAAAAUAUCCCUUGGGAAAGGCUGUUUGAUCUUGGACCUAAUGAAAUCGGUGAACUUAUCCGUAUUCCUAAACUUGGAAAAACGAUUCAUAAAUACAUUCAUCAGUUUCCCAAACUUGAACUCUCCACUCAUAUUCAGCCAAUUACAAGAUCAACAUUGAAAGUUGAAUUAGUUAUCACCCCUGAUUUCCAAUGGGAUGGAAAAGUACAUGGAGUUUCUGAAGGAUUCUGGGUCAUGGUGGAAGAUGUUGAUUCAGAAGUUAUUCUUCAUCACGAGUUCUUUUUGCUAAAAUCUAAAUAUUGUAAGGAUGAUCAUGUUAUCAAAUUUUUUGUCCCUCUUUUUGAACCUGUUCCACCGCAGUAUUUCUUAAGAGUUAUUUCGGAUCGUUGGAUUGGUUCGGAAGCACAACUUGCUAUUUCAUUCCGACAUUUAAUACUUCCAGAAAAAAAUCCUCCUUCCACUGAACUUCUUGAUUUACAGCCUCUUCCUGUUACAGCAUUGAGGAAUGUUCAGUUUGAACAGUUGUAUUCCGAUAAGUUUACCCAAUUUAAUCCUAUACAAACCCAGGUUUUUAAUGCAGUAUACAAUAGUGAUGAGAAUAUUUUUGUUGGCGCACCACAUGGGUCUGGUAAAACUGUGAUAGCUGAGUUUGCCAUUUUAAGGAUGAUAACUCAAGAUACCGAUUUUAGGUGUUUAUAUAUAACUGCUAAAGAAGCUUUAGCACAAAUUGUCUAUGCUGAAUGGCAUCACAAAUUAACUCCAUUGAUUGGUAACAGGGUUGUGUUAUUAACAGGUGAAACUGCCACUGAUCUGAAGCUUGUCUCUAAAGGUAUUGUUAUUAUUGCCUCUGCAGAAAAAUGGGAUGUCUUAUCUAGGAGGUGGAAACAGAGAAAAAAUGUUCAAAACAUACAAUUGUUAAUUGUUGAUGAUCUUCAGUUGUUAGGCAGUGACGAUGGGCCUGUUCUAGAAGUUGUAUGCUCUCGAAUGAGAUAUAUUACAUCACAAAUUGAAAAACCUUUAAGAAUUGUUGCACUUUCCUCCCCGUUAGUUGACGCACGAGAUGUGGCCCAAUGGCUAGGUUGUGGAAGUAACUGCACCUUUAAUUUUCAUCCAAGUGUUAGACCAAUACCACUUGAGCUUCAUGUUCAAGGAUUUAAUAUAACUCAUAAUGCUUCUAGAUUGAUUGCUAUGAGUAAGCCGGUUUAUAACGCCAUUUUACACCACAGCCCCCAUAAACCAGUUAUUAUUUUUGUUCCUUCUAGAAGGCAAGCAAGAUUGACAGCAAUUGAUUUAUUAACUUACACUGCUGCUGAAGCUAAUCCUACCAGAUUUUUUCAUGCUGAUCAAGAAGAUAUUGUUCCAUUUCUUGAACGAAUGAGUGAUAAAGCAUUAAAAGAAACUUUACCUCAAGGUGUGGCUUACAUGCAUGAAGGCCUAUCAUACAAUGAUAGAAGAUUGGUUGAGCAGCUUUUUGAUUCUGGAGCAAUCCAAAUAGCUGUUGUUACAAGAAAUUUAUGCUUUUCACUAAAUAUUAAUUCUUUCCUUGUAAUAGUCAUGGAUACCCAAUUUUAUAAUGGUAGGAUCCAUGUUUAUGAAGAUUAUCCUAUUACAGAAGUACUCCAUAUGGUAGGACGUGCCAACAGACCAUUAGAAGAUGAAGAUUCAAAAUGUGUUGUUAUGUGCCAAAGUUCUAAGAAAGAUUUCUUCAAAAAAUUUUUGAGUGAACCUUUACCCAUUGAGAGCCAUUUGGAUCAUAAACUCCAUGAUCAUUUCAAUGCUGAAAUUGUUACGAAAACAAUUGAAAAUAAACAAGAUGCAGUAGAUUAUCUAACAUGGACUUUACUGUAUCGUAGAUUGACUCAAAACCCAAAUUAUUACAACUUACAAGGUGUAACCCAUAGGCAUCUUUCUGAUCAUUUAUCCGAGUUAGUGGAAAAUACAUUAUCUGAUCUUGAGCAGUCUAAAUGUAUUACUAUUGAAGAUGAUAUAGAUACAAAUCCACUGAAUCUUGGAAUGAUUGCAGCCUAUUAUUAUAUUAAUUAUACUACGAUAGAACUUUUCGCGUUAUCACUAACCAGCAAAACGAAAGUACGCGGUCUUCUGGAAAUAAUAUCUUCUGCUGCUGAGUAUGAUUCUGUACCAAUUAGACAAAACGAAGACAUUCUCUUAGAACCUUUGUCUUUAAAGGUUCCUUACAAAAUUUCUCCAGCUGCUAAGUUCAAUGAUCCUCAUACAAAAGCUAAUCUUUUGUUACAAGCACAUUUAUCAAGGCUGCAAGUUGGAGCAGAACUGCAAGGUGAUACAGAUGCUAUUUUAGGAAAAUCUAUUCGGUUAAUGCAAGCCUGUGUUGAUGUGUUAAGUUCAAAUGGUUGGCUUGCACCAGCUGUUGCGGCUAUGGAAUUAGCCCAAAUGAUAACCCAAGCUAUGUGGAGCAAGGAAUCAUAUUUACGCCAACUUCCCCAUUUUACUUCUGAAUUAAUUAGAACUUGUCAAGAAAAGAAAGUUGAAACUGUAUUUGAUUUAAUGGAACUUGAUGAUGAAGAUAGAAACAAGUUACUUGGAUUAUCUGAGUCACAAAUGGCUGAUGUUGCAAAAUUUUGCAAUCGUUAUCCUAAUAUAGAACUUAUAUAUGAAAUUGAAAAUAAAGACAAAAUCAAAUCUGGAAGCCUUGUUAAUGUUAUUGUAAAUUUAGAAAGGGAAGAUGAGGUUACUGGUUCAGUAAUUGCUCCUUUCUUUCCUUUCAAAAGGGAAGAAGGUUGGUGGGUCGUUAUUGGUGAUCCAAAGGCUAAUUCAUUAUUGUCAAUCAAGAGAUUAACAUUACAGCAAAAAGCCAAGAUAAAACUUGAUUUUGUUGCUCCUGGGCCAGGAUACCAUUCCUAUACUUUAUAUUUUAUGAGCGAUGCAUAUCUAGGUUGUGAUCAAGAAUACAAGUUCAAUAUAGAAGUCAACGAAUAUGAUGCAUCUGGCGAGAGUGACUAUGAUGACUAAAAGUUUAAAAACAUAUUUGUUUAAUUUUGUGAAUAUAGUUUUAUUGAAGCCCAAAAAUUUAUUUUUGUUCAUUGUGUACAGUAAAAGUUAACAUAUAGUAAUUUGUAAUAAUUAUAAUAAAAGAAAUGUAUAUGUUAUUUGAAGGAACUUGUAAAUAAUGUAAAUUAUUGGAUUUUAAUGUUUUAGAUAUUAAAUUUGAUGCUAUUAAGAUAUUAAUUUUUAUUUUGAUGAAUUAUGUUUGAAAUAAAAUUAAGUCUAUUAGUAGUG